CGCUCUUUCACUCUGCUCUUCACUGAGUGCCUGGGCAGCCUUCCUUAGCCAGGAACGAUGGCUGAGCAAGAGAGCUUAGAGUUUGGGAAGGCGGACUUUGUCCUCCUGGACCAGGUGACCAUGGCUGACUUCAUGGACAACCUGAAGCUAAGGUUCGAGAAAGGCCGGAUCUACACCUACAUAGGAGAGGUGGUUGUCUCCGUGAACCCCUACAAGCAGACGGAACUGUAUGGGAAGGAUGUGAUUGAACACUACCGGGGCCGAGAGCUAUACGAGAGGCCACCCCAUCUCUACGCGGUGGCUGAUGCCGCCUACAAGGCCAUGAAGCGCCGGGCCAAAGACACUUGCAUUGUCAUCUCAGGGGAAAGUGGAGCGGGGAAGACAGAAGCCAGCAAGUAUAUCAUGCAGUAUAUUGCUGCCAUCACAAACCCCACCCAGAGGGCAGAGGUGGAAAGGGUGAAGAAUGUCUUGCUGAAGUCCAACUGUGUCCUGGAGGCCUUUGGCAACGCCAAGACCAACCGCAAUGACAACUCCAGCCGGUUUGGCAAGUACAUGGACAUCAAUUUUGACUUCAAAGGGGACCCCACCGGGGGGCACAUCAACAACUAUCUCCUGGAGAAGUCUCGCAUCCUCAAACAGCAACCAGGAGAGAGAAACUUCCAUGCCUUCUAUCAGUUGCUUCUUGGAGCCUCGGAUGUGUUGCUGGAUUCCCUCCACCUCAGCAGGGAUCCUGCGGCUUACAGGUUUACCAGAGAGGGCGCCAAUGACAAUUCCUUGGGCAGUGAGAAAUCCAACCACCGAGCUGUUGCUGACGCCAUGACCGUGAUUGGUUUUACUCCGGAAGAGACGAGCUCCGUGUACAAGAUCCUGGCAGCCAUUUUACACUUGGGCAAUGUACAUUUUGUCACCACGGGGGAUGAAAUGGUAAUAGAGAAUGCUAAGCUGAUUUCCGUCCUUGCGGAGCUGACCUCGACGGAGCCAGAAAAUCUCCUUAACACGCUCCUGUACCGGACGGUGGCCACUGGGGGCGGGGAUGUCAUCCGAAAGGGCCACAGCACCAACGAGGCCAACUACGCAAGGGAUGCCUGUGCCAAGGCCUUCUACGAGCGACUUUUCUGCUGGAUCGUGGCACGUAUCAACACAGUCAUCGAGGUGAAGAACUACAAUGCCCGAAUCCAUGGCAAGAAUACUGUGAUUGGUGUCUUGGAUAUCUAUGGCUUUGAGAUCUUUGACAACAAUAGCUUUGAGCAGUUCUGCAUCAACUAUUGCAACGAGAAGCUUCAGCAGCUGUUCAUUGAGCUGAUCCUGCAGCAGGAACAAGAGGAGUACCAGCGCGAGGGCAUCGAGUGGCAGCAUAUUGAAUAUUUCAACAACCAAAUCAUUGUGGACCUGGUGGAAGAACCGCACAAAGGCAUCAUCGCCAGGCUGGACGAGGCCUGCCUGACCGGGGGGAAAGUCACCGAUGCCCUCUUUCUGGAGUCCAUGAACACCAGACUUGGCAAACACCCCCACUAUACCAGCAGGAAGCUCAACCCUGCUGACAAGUCUAUGGAUUUUGGUCGGGAUUUCCGGAUCAAGCACUACGCGGGAGAUGUUACGUAUUCCGUGGAGGGAUUUAUAGACAAAAACAAGGACACCCUUUUUCAGGACUUCAAGCGGCUGAUGUAUAACAGCACAGACCCCGUCCUACAGGAGAUGUGGCCAGAGGGCAAGCAAAGCAUCAUGGAGAUCACCAAGAGGCCCCUGACGGCCGCCACCCUCUUCAAGAACUCCAUGGUGGCCCUGGUGGAGAACCUGGCCUCCAAGGAGCCGUACUACGUCCGUUGCAUCAAGCCGAACGACCAGAAGUCGCCCUUACUCUUUGAUGCUGAGCGCUGCUGCCACCAGGUGUCGUAUUUGGGACUGCUGGAGAACGUGCGUGUCCGAAGGGCCGGUUUCGCCUACAGGCAGCCUUAUGAUCGCUUCCUGCUCCGGUAUAAGAUGACUUGUGAGUACACAUGGCCCAACCACCUCAUGGACACAGACCGGGAAGCCACGCAAGCCUUGAUAGAGCAACACAGCUUCCAAGAUGACGUUGCCUACGGGCACACCAAGAUAUUUAUCCGCACUCCCCAGACACUUUUCACUCUGGAACAGGAACGUGCGCAGUUGAUCCCCAUCAUCGUGUUGUUACUGCAGAAGGCCUGGAGAGGAGCUCUGGCUCGCAAGCGCUGCCGAUACCUGCGGGCCAUCUACACCAUCAUGUCAUACUACAAGCGCCACAAGGUGAAAUCCUACCUGCUGGAGCUGGUGCAGAGGUUCCAGGCAGUGCGCAGCAUGGCAGACUACGGCAAGAGCGUGGAGUGGCCAGAGCCACCAGCAGUGCUGGCUCAGUUCCAGGAUAACAGCAAGCUCAUAUUCCGCAGGUGGCGAGCAAGGCAGAUUGUGAAGAACAUCCCUCCAUCUGACAUGGACCAGAUCAAGGCCAAAGUGGCAGCCCUGGAUGUCUUGCAAGACCGGAGGAUAGACUGGGGCUGCCACAGGAGCUGGGGCCGGAAUUACUUGGUGUCGGUAGAUGAAAACCCUACAAUGGCAACCCAGUUUGCAAAACGGGUAUCAGCCCUGAAGGACAAGAUACACUUCCGUUCAGUGCUGUUCUCGUGUCACGUCCGCAAGAUCAACCGUUGUAACAAGAGCACGGACCGAGCCAUUCUCAUCACAGACCAGCACCUGUACAAGAUGCAACCUCAGAAACAGUACAAAGUGAUGAGAUCCAUACCUCUGAGCAUGGUGACUGGGCUGAGCCUGACCAGUGGUGUGGAUCAGCUGAUAGUCUUCCACACCCAGAACCAUGAUGGCCUGGUGGUUUGCCUCCAUAAAAUGCAGCCAGAAAAUGACAACCGGGUUGGAGAGCUGGUGGGCGUUCUGGUGGACCACUUCAGAAGGACCAAGCGGGAGCUGCAAGUGCAGGUGUCGGACUGCAUCCAGCUCAGCCUAAAUGGGCAGAAAAAACUGGUCACCGUGGAGGUGUGCAACGGACAGACUACGCCUGACUUUACCAAGAGUCACAAGGGCUUUGUGCUCAGAUGGCCACGGAGGUGAACCCUGGGGAAUUCUGGAGUGCAGAGGCUCAUCCGGACAGCCCCCAAAGGCUUGCCCCCAAGGAGAAUCCAAACAUUCAAGGCAGCUGUGUUAAUCAGUUAUAGAAUCAUUUGGCAAAGUGUUGCCAUGUAAAUGGCUAGUGUGAAGUAGGAACCCUAUCAAAGAAAAGGAAAGAGGUACCCAGCCUCAGCUUUAUUAUUUCCCUCAUGCCUGGAUUUCCUCCAUGCUAAUCUGUUUAGUAAAACUUGAAAGCCUCAUUAUAACUUCAUUCACUUGCAAAGGAAAGAAGAUCCCUCCAUUACCCUGGCACUCCUGCAGAUGACAUUGUCAUUCCUUCCUUUUCUCGGGUGGGGGGAACUCCUGGAGCAACACUCCCCUGCAUUUCCCCUCCACGACACCAUUGCAGAACAGGAAUGAGUAGGAUUGCACUGAGAUCUGUGUGAUGCAAAGAAUCAGAGAAUGGGACAGACACGUACUUCUGCCCUCCACCUCCACACGUCCGCCAUGCUGCAUUCUUAGCCAGCGUGUGCUGACUGGGGCUGAUGGGAGUUGUAGUCAAAACAACUGGAGGGCACCAGGUUGGGGAAGGUUGCUUUGC